CGAACGAUAUUCGUUUCAAGUAAGUACACAUUUUUCGUUCUGAACGAUAACAUGUUUCUUUUGUACGCAUUUAUUGUUACCGUUUGCUUAUGCCAUGUUGUGGGACAAGAAAAUGAGAACGUACCCCUUUCCGUUGUGGGGUUCUUCGACAAAGAAAACAGCAUUGAACAACAGAUGUUCGAAUUGGCUAUCCAAAAAGUGAACAUUGACCCAAAGUUUGCAAACGUGUUUUUAAAACCCGAAAUUAAAAUUAUCGAUUCUACAGAUCUUUAUAUGACUGGCUUGAAAGUAUGUGAGACUAUGGAAUUUGGGAUUGGUGCGGUUUUUGGCCCGUCCAAUCUAGAAUCAUCAAACAUAGUGCAGUCACUUUGUGAAACUAUGGAAGUUCCACGUAUAGAAACCAGUUGGGAAGAUACGCCUGUUAAUAAUUUCAAUUUUUAUUUCAAUCCAUAUCCUGAACCAACAUUACUAGCAAAAGGUUAUACGGCUAUAGUUCAUGACAUGGACUGGAAGUCAUUCACGUUACUCUAUCAGCGACCAGAAAGUCUUAAGAGAUUACAAGACUUAAUCCAAGAUUACUCAGGAAAAACAAAACCUAAUGACAAACAGGCAGCAGCCAUUUCUAUUAUACAAUUGCCCGAAGGCAAUAAUUUUAGACCAAUUUUAAAAGACAUUAAGAAGUCUCUAGAAGGUCACAUUGUACUUGACUGUGAUGCAGAUUUAUUAUUAACUGUAUUCAAACAAGCAAAGGAAGUUAACUUGUUGGAUGACUAUCAUAGUUUUAUCAUAACUUCAUUGGAUGCACAUACAGUUGAUUUUAGUAGUAUUGUACAGAACUUGCGUACAAAUAUAACAACUGUCAGAUUGAUUGAUCCGUUAAGCCCAUUUGUAGAAAGUAUUGUUAGAGAUUUGAAUUUUGUUCAACAAAGAAUGAACUUAAAUAUGGAACCUUUGAAAGUUAACAAACUUACAGUUAAUGCUAUACUCAUUUAUGAUGCAUUAAAUGUAUUUGCAAAAGCAUUAAAAAGUCUUGGUAUGACAAAUAAAAUCAUCACUGAACCACUACAAUGUAUGAACUCGCCAUUUAUUCCCUGGUCUAAUGGAUUUAAACUUAUAAAUUUCAUGAGAGUAAUUGAAACAGAAGGCCUAACUGGUCUCUUACGCUUUGACAACAAAACUGGUCAUCGAUCAUACUUUACACUAGAAAUGGUGGAGCUAGUUGAUACUGGUUUCAAAAAAAUUGGCUUGUGGGAUCCAGAAAGAGGCAUGACUUAUACGAGAACCAGUCUUGAAAUGCUUCGUGAUUUAUAUGCUGGGAGUAAGAACAAAACAUUUAUUGUUUCAUCAAAAAUUACAGAACCGUAUUUGAUGUUAAAAGAAGGCCACAAUAAAUUAGAGGGUAAUGACAAAUAUGAAGGAUAUGCGGUGGAUCUUAUUCAAAUGAUUGCUGAGGAAAUCAACAUAACUUAUGAAUUUCGUUUAAGAAAUGAUGGAAAUGGAAAACGCGAUAAAAAGACAAACAAAUGGAAUGGGAUUAUCGGUGAAGUACAAGAAAUGAGAGCUGACUUAGGGGUCUGUGAUUUAACAAUUACUCACGAAAGAAGGAAUGCUGUAGAUUUUACCAUGCCUUUUAUGAACUUGGGUAUCAGCAUAUUGUUUAGUAAACCAGAAGAACCUCAGACCAAUCUUUUUUCAUUCACCCAACCACUUUCCUUUCAAGUAUGGAUAUUUACAGCAACCGCUUAUUUAGGCUUGUCUUUGGUAUUAUUUUUCUUGGCCAGAAUUACACCUAACGAAUGGCAAAACCCUCACCCGUGUAAUUCUCAUCCAGAAGAAUUAGAAAAUUCUCUAUCAUUACUCAACUGCUUAUGGUUUUCAAUGGGUUCCAUUCUCUGUCAAGGUAGCGAUAUUCUGCCGAGAGCGUUUCCAACCAGACUAUGUGCUGCUAUGUGGUGGUUCUUUGCUCUAAUUAUGACUCAAUCAUACACAGCCAAUUGGACAGCAUUCUUAACAUCAAAUCGUAUGGAAACCACUAUAAAGAAUGUAGAAGAUCUUGAUAAAAAGGGAGGUACAGGUACAGAAAGCAUUAAGUAUGGAUGUGUAACUGAACAAUCUACAGCCAGCUUUUUUCAAAACUCUGAUGUAAAUUUAUAUCAAAAGAUGUGGAGUGUUAUGGAACUGAAUGGUGUUUCGGUCAUGGUGUCUGAUAACAAACAGGGGGUGGAUAGAGUGAAGAAGGAGAGAAAUCAUUAUGCUUUCUUUAUGGAAUCCAGUUCUAUUGAGUAUGAAGUGCAGAGAAAUUGUGAUUUAACAGAAGUGGGAUAUUGGUUGGAUAACAAAGCCUAUGGAAUCGCAAUGCCAUUCAAUGCUCCACAUAGGACACUCGUAAACAUGGCUGUAUUAAAGCUUUCUGAGUCAGGAGCAUUGAUGGAUCUAAAAAAUAAAUGGUGGUCAGUAACUGAUGAUAAAAGAUGUAAGGAUUUAAAAAAGGACACAGCUGAACUUGAUGUUAAUGAAGUUGGUGGUAUGUUCGUAAUUUUAAUACUUGGCUGUUUUAUAGCAUUUCUAUUCUCUAUACUUGAAUUUUUAUGGAAUAUAAGAAAAGUGGCUGUUGAAGAAAAGUUAACUCUCUGGGAAGCAUUCAUGGUUGAGUUGAAAUUCGUGCUCAAGUGUCAUGGAACAUCUAAACCAGUUAGACACGUAGAAGACAGCGACAUGCAAUCCGCAACUACAGUAGUCCUGUUUUUGUUGUCCGGUUUCGCGGUCUGUACGGCGACUGCGGAGGACAUGGAACGCAUUACCGUCGUGGGUCUGUUUCCUUCCGAAAAUUCAAUAGAACAAAUGGCCUUUGAACUGGCCAUACAUAAAGUAAACUUGGAUCCGACACUUUCAGAAGUCAAACUCGAAGGCCGAGUAGAAAUCGUCGACAUCAACGAUGGUUAUCAAACUAGUAAAAAAGUAUGCGAAUCAUUCGAGUCCGGCGUUGGAGCUAUUUUCGGUCCCACAGGCUACGAGUCAUCGGCUAUAGUCCAAUCGAUAUGUGAUUCGAUGGAAAUCCCCCACAUCGAAACCCACUGGAAAAUGAACCCUAGACAACAACCAAACUAUUACAUGAACGUCUAUCCGGAUCCGAUGACCCUCAGUCGUGGGUAUACAGCUAUCGUCCGUGACAUGGAUUGGACUUCCUUUACAUUGCUGUACCAACGAGACGAAGGACUUUUAAGAUUACAGCACUUAAUCCAAGAUUAUUCUGGAUUGACCAAAUUAUCAGACACCGAAUUAUCGGCCAUUACUAUUAUUAAGUUACCUACAAAUAACGAUUUCCGACCUAUGCUGAAAGAGGUCAAAAAAUCUCUGGAGAGUCAUAUUGUCCUAGAUUGUGAUACAGAUAUAAUAUUAACUGUAUUGGAGCAAGCUGAAGAUGUAGGCCUAAUGGACGAUUACCACAGUUUUAUUAUUACUUCUCUGGAUGCACACACCAUAAAUUAUGGUCACUUACAGUUUAAACGUACCAAUAUCACUGCAGUGAAAUUAAUAGAUCCGUCAAGUCCAACAGUGACUAAUAUAAUGGCCGAUCUUGAAUUUGUUCAGCAGAGAAUGAAUUUGGAUAUGGAAGUAUUUCGAGCAGAUACUAUUACAGUUAACGCGUUAUUGAUGUUUGACGCGGUCAAUGUGUACGCUAAAGCAUUGCGUGGUAUUGGAGGCACAAAAGUUAUCAAAGCCGAACCUAACAGUUGUGCAAAUAGAACGAGUACGGGAUGGUCCAGUGGAUUUAGUCUCAUCAACUUCAUGAGAGUCGUAGAAGUCGACGGUCUCACGGGCAAAUUACGAUUCAACCAAAAUUCUGGGUAUAGAAGUUAUUUCACAUUGGAAAUGGUUGAGCUGACAAAUACGGGAUUCAAAAAGAUCGGCGUCUGGGAUCCGCAAAACGAAAUGUCAUACACGAGAACUAGGAAUCAGAUGCUGGACGAUUUAGUGAACGCAAACAUGAACAAGACUUUCAUUGUUGCUUCAAAAAUUACCGAGCCGUACAUGAUGUUGAAAACAGAUCAUAAAGAUCGUAUUGGCAACGACAAAUACGAGGGAUACGUAGUAGAUUUGAUACGUAUGAUUUCGGAAGAAAUCAACAUUACAUACGAAUUUAAAUUGCGGAACGAUGGUAACGGCAAAAAAGACAAGAAGACUGGAAAAUGGGACGGACUUAUCGGAGAAGUUCAUGAACUGAGAGCCGACUUAGCUGUGUGUGAUCUGACCAUCACACAUGACAGGAGGACUGCAGUUGAUUUUACGACUCCUUUUAUGAAUUUAGGAAUCAGCAUUUUAUUCAGUAAACCGAAAGAACCAGAAACUAAUUUAUUCUCUUUCACCCAACCAUUGUCGUUUCAUGUAUGGAUAUAUACUGCAACUGCAUAUUUGGGUCUAUCAAUUAUUCUGUAUAUAUUAGCUAGGAUUACUCCUAAUGAGUGGCAAAAUCCUCAUCCGUGUGCCACGGAGCCCGAAGAACUCGAGAACUCGUUAUCAUUGAUUAAUUGCUUAUGGUUUUCUUUGGGCUCUAUAUUAUGCCAAGGGAGUGAAGUAUUGCCGAGAGCUUUUUCAACAAGAGUUUGUGCGUCGAUGUGGUGGUUUUUUGCAUUAAUCGUAACUCAAUCAUACACUGCUAAUUGGACCGCGUUUUUAACAUCGAGUAGAAAAGAGUCUGCAAUCAAAAGAGUUGAGGAUCUAGACAAACAGUCGACCAUCAAAUAUGGAUGCGUUAGAGGUCAAUCUACUGCUAGUUUUUUUGAGAACUCUGACGUGAACCUUUAUCAAAAAAUGUUUAGCGUGAUGGAAACAUAUGGUGACACAGUGAUGAUGUUUGACAACAAACAAGGUGUAGACCGAGUAAAAAAAGAAAGGGAAGCAUAUGCGUUUUUCAUGGAAUCCAGUACGAUUGAGUAUGAAGUCCAGAGAAAUUGUGAUCUGACAGAAGUAGGAUCCUGGUUGGAUAACAAAGCAUAUGGAAUUGCAAUGCCUUUUAAUGCUCCACAUAGAACAGCAGUCAGUAUGGCGUUAUUAAAACUAUCCGAAUCUGGAAAGCUAAUGGAACUAAAAGACAAAUGGUGGUCGGUAUCUGAAGAAAAAAUGUGUCCAGUACCUAAAAAAGAUUCAGCAGAGUUAGAUGUAAACGAAGUGGGAGGGAUGUUUGUUAUCCUUAUUUUGGGAUGUAUGUUGGGAUUAAUAUUCUCCCUAUUGGAAUUCCUAUGGAACAUUCGAAAAGUGGCAGUCGCUGAAAAAUUAUCGCCGUGGGACGCAUUCAAGUUGGAGCUCAAAUUUGUGCUUAAAUGCCACUAUUCGACUAAACCAGUUAGACACACUACAUAUUCAGAUGAACCGUCUUCAGAAGGCUAAAUUUAUAUGUAUAUUAUGUGCGUGUGUGUGAAUGUGUGCAUUUAUUACAUGUCAAUGUUAUAAUACUGUAGAAAGUAGUUACAUUGAAUAAUAAUAAUACAAAAUACGUUA